ACAAACCCUGUGAAAAAUUGCCAAGUUGGUUUCUUACCAAAUAACAAUGCUUUUUCUAAACUUGCUCCAUUAGCGCCUCUCCCCAUUCUUCAUCUCCAAAGCUACGGUCAACAUGGCUCCUUGGAUAUCCUUCCUCCUCAACCCAACCAUCAUCAUCUCCUUGAUUUUACUACUGCUAUUAGCAAGUCUGUCUCUGAGCAAGCUCGGCUGGUCAUCUCGGCGUAUGCCCCCGGGACCUACCCCACUCCCUUUCAUUGGCAAUCUGCACUUGCUCAAUAUUACAAGACAAGAUGUCUCUUUUAUGGAGGUAAGGAGCAAAGGGGGCGAUUGGUAAGACCUUCUGUUAUCAGCAGGAAUGACCUGGAUGGUUACCUAAGACUUUGCAGGUUGAGAAGUAAAGUUAUGGAGGUGUAACGGUAUAGACAAACCUUGGUUUGAUUUAAAUCAUGGUUGGUUUACUUUGGUUUAAGUCCUAUGUAAACCUUUGGUUUAAAUCAUAUUUUGGAUUGCUUUGAAUCAUAUUUAAAAGCUCAGGUAAAUAAUAUUUGGUCAUAAGUAGCUAAGUAUAAAUAAAUAGAGAAUUGUACAUAAAAAU